AUGGCGAUUUACUUGGCAUUGGCUCCGUUGGCCAUGGUCGCGCACGGGUCGCAGGUCACGCCGGUUCAAAAGGUGGUUACUCUCAUGGAAGAAAUGGUCGAAAAGGGCAAGUCGGAGACAGAAAACGAAAAGACCCAGUUUGCCGAGUACGUCAAGUUCUGUGAAGAUACCACCUCCGCGAAGAAGACUGCCAUUGAAGAGGCUGAUGCACGGAUCGAAAGCCUCACCGCAUCUAUUGACAAGGCCUCCUCGGAUGUGGACCAGCUUACCACCGAGAUUGCCGAACUGGACAACAUCAUUGCCUCUACCAGCGCGGAGAAGGCAAAUGCCACUUCCAUUCGUCAGAAGGAGGCGGCAGAUUACUCAGCGACCCUCACGGACUAUGUCGACUCCAUAACCGCUAUGGGCAAGGCUCUCACUGCGCUGAAGGAGCAGCCUCAAACCCGUCCGCAGACCACUUCUCUGGUGCAACUGUCAGAUCUUUACCAGACAAGGAAGCUGAGCCCCUCAGAGGCCUCCAAGUACUUGGACGCUUUCUUGACGGGCCACACCGCAGGCAAGACGGAGUCUCUUCUUUCCGAAGCACAAGAAGCACAAGCCCAACCAGCAGCCGGAUACGAGUUUCAAUCCGAUGGUGUCAUUGAGAUGCUCGAGAAGCUCGAGGUCCAGUUCAAGGAGGAGAAGAACUCGCUGAAGUUGGAGGAGCAGAAGAAGAAGACCGCUUUCCAGAACCUGAUCACCGGCCUGGACUCCGAAAACACCGACGCCACGAAGAGCAAACAGACCAAGCUGAAGGAAAAGGCGAGCAUCUCAGAGCAGAAGGCCAAGGAUGAGUCUGAGCUGGCGGACACCACUUCCACCAGGAAGGAGGACGCGAAGUACAAGAAGGAUUUGGAGAUGAGCUGGGAGGCUCGUGCAGCAGAGUUCAAGAGCCGACAGAAGCUGCGCGGAGAGGAGCUGGAAGCUCUUGGUAAAGCCAUUGACAUCAUCUCGGGCGAUGCCGUCACGGGCGCUGGCAAGCAUCUGCCAGGCUUGCUGCAAAGCGGCACAGCCAUGGCGGUCGUGAGUGUCAACCGCUCUCUUCGCACACCGAGCUUCCGGAAGGUGGCCGACUUUCUGCAGGAAAAGGCUGCUGUUUUGCACAGCCAGGAGCUGGCCGCCCUGGCCAUGCGGCUUCAAGCUGACCCCAUCGACAAGGUGAAGGAGAUGAUCGAGAACAUGAUCACCCGAAUGGAGAAGGAUGCCGCUGCCGAGGCAACCAAGAAAGCUUGGUGCCAGGAGGAGCUCAGCGAAAACGAGGAAGCCCGCGGAGCGAAGAACGACGAGAUCGAAGCCUUGGAAGCCGACGAAGCCAAGCUGAAGUCCUCACUCCAGCAGCUCGCUGCGGACCUUCAGGCGCUCGAUGAGCAGGUGAAGGACAUGAACGCUGCCAUGACCGAGGCGACAAGCAUUCGCCAGAAGGAGAAGGAGGAGAACACGGUAGCCAUUAAGGACGCGAAAGCCGCCCAGGCUGCGGUAGCCGAAGCCCUCAGCGUGCUGAACGAAUUUUAUGCCAAGGCCGGGCAGGCGACGGCUCUUGUUCAAGCGCAGGCCAGGGCAGGUCCGCAGCCCUUCGAGAAGCCCUACACUGGGAUGGGUUCAGAGAGCGGCGGGGUGCUGGGGAUGAUUGAAGUGAUCCAGUCUGACUUCGCCCGCCUGGAGGCUGAAACGACUGCUGCCGAGCAGUCUGCUGCAAAGGAGUAUGAGUCCUUCAUGGACGAAUCAAAGCUUGACAUGGCAUCAAAGGAGAAGGAUAUCUCGCACAAGUCAUCGCGGAAAGAUUCCGAGACUCAGGCCCUUAGCUCCCUUCAAGCCGACCUGGCGAACGUGAAGAAAGAGCUCUCGGCUGUCAUGAAGACAUACGAAGAGCUGAAGCCACAGUGUGCCGAUGAGAGCGCUUCUUACGAAGAGCGAAAGGCGAAGCGCGAUGCCGAGAUCAAAUCUUUGGAGGAAGCCCUUAAGGCCUUGAACAUUGCCCGAUGA